CGUAAACUAAUUUAAAAAGUAGAAAAGAAAGUCCCUGAAAUAACCACCCCUAUCCGUUAAAAUUUGUCAAAACACUUUUUGCUUGGACAGUGAACACAAUCCUGAGUUCUCCCUUAUCAACAAUGGCGUCUCUACUCUCCAUCUCCUCUGCAUCACCUACAAGAACAAAUUCAAUCAUUACCCAGUUUUCUUCAUCAUUCAAGGGUAAUGUAAGUAAUUUGAAGUCAAGUUCGAAGCUUUUGCCUUUAAUAAAGGUCUGCAAUUUGAAAUCUAAGUCAAUAACAAGAACCCCAUUUGUUGUUUUCAACCAAACUGCAAGUUUUGGUGCUGAUUCUGCAACUGGGAGUGUUCGUUUUCGGCUUAAUAACUUGGGUCCUCAACCUGGGGCUACCAAGAAUAGGAAGAGGAAAGGUAGAGGGCAUUCAGCUGGACAAGGGGGUAGUUGUGGUUUUGGUAUGAGAGGUCAAAAAUCAAGGUCUGGACCUGGAGUUAGAAAGGGGUUUGAAGGGGGUCAAAUGCCUCUCUAUAGGAGACUUCCUAAGUUGAGAGGAAUUGCUGGAGGCAUGCAUGCUGGACUUCCCAAAUAUGUACCUGUGAACUUGAAGGACAUAGAAGAGGCAGGAUUUCAAGAAGGGGAAGAGGUUUCACUUGAGUCCCUCAAGCAAAAGGGUUUAAUAAAUCCUUCAGGGAGAGAAAGGAGACUUCCACUUAAGAUCUUAGGCGAUGGUGAGCUAAGCGUGAAACUCAACUUCAAAGCCCGCGCUUUUUCAACGUCAGCCAAGGAGAAACUAGAGGCUGCUGGUUGCUCAUUGACUGUUCUACCAGGCAGAAAGAAAUGGGUAAAACCAUCAGUUGCCAAGAACCUUGCUAGAGCUGAGGAAUAUUUUGCAAAGAAAAGAGCAGCUGCAGCUGAAUCAGCUGACCCCUCUGCUGCUUAAGUCAAAAACUUAUGUUAGCCACACAAUUUUUUUUUGUUUGAUGUUUUCUCUCUAAGAAAGGGAUGUAAAGCAACAUUCAAAAAGUUUUGGAUUCUUUUCUCUUUUAAGUCUUCCUUAUUUUUCUUUUAUUCUGGUAUCAGACUAUGAUAAUUUGUUUUAAUUCAAGCAUUACAUUUGAGCGUGCU